GUCAGGCUUCGCUUGCAUUGAUCGGGAGGAUGAAAAUGUGAAUACGGGGACGUGGUUUAGUCGGGAACCUUUGGAACCGAAAGGCAUGCUCAUCCAAGGCAGUGUCUUCCCGGAAUUUUUGGACACGCUUACAAUCCCAACUGUGUACAAGGACGGAGAGAUUUUGUCUUCUGACUCUUACAUCGACAUGCGCACCAAAGAAGUCUCAGUGGUGAACGUUUUUAUGAACACCAAGCUCCGAAGCGGGACGAUUUUGGAAGUGAAUUUCAUGUACGGAGGCCCAGGGAGCAUCGAGGGUCGCUACAGAAUGAUCUCUUUCACGCAGAUGGACGCAGAAACCCAGAAAGCCUGGAGCGGGUGGGUAAACCUCGUCGUGGUACUCUGUAUCAUCGAUCUCGGCUUGUUGCUGCUUUUAUGAUGCUCAUAGUUAUAAUCAUUGAUCUCUCUCUACUGAGUGCGAGUAAACCUGAUCAUGCUUCUGCUUCUUUGUUGAAGAAGCGCUUGUUGUUGACGUUCACCAUGCAUUGGCGAAUCAUCUAAUGUUUGGUUCGUUUUUCUCGUGGAGGGAGCGUCGGAAGUGGUAUGAUAACAUUGAGAUGGAUGGAGCGAUUCCUGUGAAUACUCCUGGACGAAAGAUGGUAUGGAACCGUAUCGAGUAUGGGCUACGGAAAAACCUGCCAUUGUGGUCUGGCUGGGACGUUUUUGACGUUGCUCUGCGAAUAUUGAUGCUAAUUUUCACGCAGAAUCAUUUCAAUUAUGGAAAAGUGACUGUAUGGUUGCUCUUGCUGGUGAUGACAAGGUGGGUUGAGCGAAGCAGAGGUGAUUGCUAGUGAUGAUAGAUAAGAUUCUUUCUUGAGCGAAGACGAGGAUAACACACUGACUCAGCUCAAUCAUUUCGUGUCUAAUUCCGCCACUACAACUCACCGGAUUUGGAUACACCUGGAAUCCGUCGUGGUCGCUUCGAGACAGAGAUCAACAAUAUUUUGACGGUGCCUUGGGCGUCAGCAACGCUGCGGUACGAGGAGAAGGUGAUGAUAUUUUUUCAAGCGAUGCGAAAGUUAUGACGAGGCGGGUUGUAGGUCUUUUAUAUCUUGCGGUUGAAGAUGAACUCCGUAUAGAUUGAGACAGUUGCUAAAGCAUCGAAAUACAGGUUAGAAAAGUACUAGCAAGAUGAAAGCACUCGGGAUGAGCUGCUUGUAUGAGAAUCCACCUUGGACGAGAGCGUGACGCAGAAGGAUGAGAGCGCUGUGUCUAAGAAAGCUUGCCACGCUUCUUGACGAGGACUCACAACUGCGGCAGGUGGGUUACGUACUUGUCUUGCUCAUGUUCUUCCGGAUCGUGGCAUAUUUGCGUGUGCAUCCUCGAAUUGCUGUUUUGUUAAGGAUAGUUUUUCAAUAAUAUUCAAAUUUGUUACUGUGUGAAGCAAGGUUUUUUUUCAUCCAAGAAAUGACAUGACUCUGUACUGAAAGCAAUAGUAUAAAGAAGAGUUCAGCACAUCAUGGGGAGUCCGCUAACAAGGCAUCGUCACUGCAUAGCCUCACCAUAUUUUAUUUGCCUGGUAGUACAGGAUUACCACUAGAGACGCGUUGAUGAUGAUACGCAAAAACCAUUGCUCUUCUAAUGUUGUACAAAACAAUUGAGGUAGCUUUGGACGACCUUUUCCAUUUCUUCAUCGUUUUGGGGCUGCUCUACGGUGUCCUCGCCUUCAUCGGCGUCUGGAUGUUCGGGGCGAUAAAUGGUACUUUUCUAGAAGGCCUCUGCCAUACACCAUAGUUUUCUUAGGUGACUACGUACAGUUCGUUGCACCAGGGGCUCUAAGGUAACCGUAUGGGAUAUUGCCAAUCCUUUACUACUUCUUAGGCUUUUUCAGUAAUUCAUCUCGGAGACCAACAUAGUAGUUUCUUGCGUAGUAGUUUCUUGCGCUCGAAUGAUCAUCACCAGGUGUACUUUCAGUCUAAUAUUGACACAAAAAUGUGAGAUCAAAUUUUAUCAGGAAAGUUUGCGUCGUUUUCGGAUUCUGUGAUCACGCAGUUCGAGAUGCUGAUGGGCGAGUAUCCUUGGCCCGAAAGUCAGACCGAUCAGGAUUUUGGACUCUUUUUCAGCUACCUGAACAUCUACUCGCUUGUCGUUUUCUUCAUCUUGUUGAACUUUCUCUUGGCGAUCAUCGUGGAUAGCUAUGCAUCCGUGAAGGAAGCAGUAAAUACAUGCGUGAUUGAGUGCAACAUCUUCACGGAUCUUGUAGCGCUUACAGCAUAUCCGGUGAUGCAAAUGAUCUACAAGUGGCCGGAGCGAGGGUACCUGAUUCGGAAACUAUUGUUAUGGCUACAGUACAGCAACUCAUUGAGGAUCAGUUUCUUGUUUGGCAGCUUAAAAGUGAGGAACUAAGAGUUCCUUCAUCACUUGAGUAUGCACUCUUCAAUAGUCAUAGUCUACAGGAGUAGAACAGCGGCCACACGCAUCUGAGGAUGUUCGAAAAAACCACAUCGAUUCGCUAGAAGUUAGCAUGACUCUGUCUAAGCGAGGCGUUGGAUGUGAAUUUUGAUUUCGUGAAUGACGAGGAGGAGGAAGGGGACUCGGUUGUGAUCACCUCCCACGCUCUAGUAAAGGGGAAGGUUUUCGAGGAUGAGGACGCCGCACAGAGAUUCCUGAAUUAUUACCUUUUUUUUGCUCCGGCACUGGAUGCGAAUGCGGAUGAGGAAGAAGGUAGUUUGGAACAUCAGCGUAAGUUGAGGGCCUUGCGCAAUCUUGACAUUCUUCGGGAACGCCUGCUCGAGGCAGCAUUAGAGAGUGGGUUGGUGCAUGUAGAACGGCCACGACACGUCAAAGAUCCGCUAGUGACGCAAAUGGAAACCCUCCGUGAUCACAUCACCAACAGCAUUGACGGCUUCACGAAAGAAGCCGUGUUGCUUGAAGCAAAACUCAAGAAACUCGAGGAUGCGCGUCCCGCCGGUCACGAUGGCGGGAAGAACGUCGCGGGAAGCAAUAAUUAAGGAUCAAUAUUAUCAUGCUGAUCUUCACACAUAUUGAUAAUGAUGUGCAGUUCAUUCUUAUAAAAAACUAGUAUGAUUCCUCCGAUAUUAAGGCAGUAUCGGAAUCUGUAUGCAAGAACUUGGGUCGCUUGCUUCCUCUGAUUUUUGUGAGACUUACUUCAUCUAAAAUUGAGUCGGGAUAGGGGAUAAGUCGGCCAGUGCGAUCUACGCUCUGACCGGCACAGAAGCUCCUGUCAGAGAGGAUGAGACCAAAGUGACGGGAGUAGCGCAGUUGCAUAUUAGUGAGGAGGAGCAUAAGGAGGCGGUGAACAUGAUCUUCGGACACUUCGUGCAGAAGAAGGCCUCCGCUUCCGCGGAAAAAAUGGGGGAGAAAUAGCCGUACUAGCGCAGCGCUGGAGGACUCGCCUACUGGCUAAUAGACGAAUGGUAGCUAGAAUAAGAGAGUUCGUAUAUGGGUCUGCGGUGUUGUUUCUCUACAUGUCUGUGCUGUGUCAGCGAUGAUUUUUUAGUUGGAGUACAACCCGCUCGCUUGCGACACACAGUAUGUGACUUCUGCUGCUCCUCUACCUCAAGAAAGUCCUUGGACCGGUGCACAGAACUCCGGUACAAAUGGCUCCUUUAGUACUGUUUUUUACAGCGCUGACUGGAUGUAUGCAAAUUAUGUCUUGUUUGAAGAAUAUCAAGAAAGAUUCACAGGAAAUUAACCAUGGUCACAGUUACUCAUAUUUUUACAGAUAUUCUCUCUGUUUAAUGAUAGGAUCAAUUUUUAAGAAAGAUUUACCUUUCUUUGUCGUGUACCCCUGGUAAUAUGCUGUAAACGUUACUGUUCGUAGUUCCCUUGGUAUCGCCGUAAACGUCGUUGCUCGUAGUUCCAUUGUAGUUGUGCGACUUGUGCUUGUAGAUUGAAUUUAGACUACCUACAGGAUAGAAUGAAUACUUCCAUGUAUAGCAAGCUAUAGAAAGAAGGAUGAAUUUGAUGCCGAUGUCUAUCAGAGAUGAGAUUUGCCUUGCUGGCUCUUCUGAAAUUGUCGAAUUUUUUUUGUGUUAAUAACAAGUACGAAAGUGACAACAAGAUCAAGAAAGAUUAGGAC